CCUCCCUCCCCCCCCCCCUCGAGGGUCUGUCGCCGUCCGCACGUCUCACUCGGCCGUCACAUACUUGGAGUUCCUCAUAGGAGCUGCGAAACAAAACAACGCCGACAUGACGGACUCCAAACCGCCCGACUCAUCUUCCGCCCCGCAGCCGACCACAGCAGACGAGCCCCCGGCGGGAAACGGCCAGUGCGAGCAGAAGGACCCUCGGGGAGAGCAGGAAGGACAUCCGCGGCCAAGUUGCGGGAAUCCGGAAGAAUUGUUGAAGAUGGAGCAGGAGAUGAGGAUUACUGACAGCAUCGAGGACGCAGGUCUUCUGGAGAGCAGCAUGCGCCUGAAACCACACGAAGCACAAAGCUACCGCAAAAAGGCUCUGUGGGUGUCCUGGGUGUCCAUCGGGGUGACGAUCAUCCUGGCCAUUGCCGCUUUCACUGUCUCCAUCAUGCGGCACAGUGCCUCUGCUUUUGGAUUCGCUUUUGAUGCAGUGCUGGAUGUCCUGUCCUCUGUCAUCGUGUUGUGGCGCUACAGCAACGCUGCAGCCGUACACUCAGCUCAUCGGGAAUACAUAGCCUGCAUUAUCCUGGGCGUGAUUUUCAUCCUAUCAUCCAUGUGCAUUCUGGGUAAGGCCAUCCACGACCUGGCCACCAAGCUGCUGCCUGAAGUGGACGACUUCCUGUUCAGCGUGUCCAUCGUCAGCGGCGUGGUGUGCAGCAUCCUGUGCGUGAUCAAGUUCAUGCUGGGCAAGGUGCUCACGAGUCGGGCCCUCAUCACGGACGGGUUCAACUCGCUGGUGGGCGGCGUGAUGGGCUUCUCCAUCCUGGUCAGCGCCGAAGUGUUCAAGCACGAGCCCAACGUGUGGUACCUGGACGGGACAAUAGGUGUCCUCAUUGGCCUCAUCAUCCUCGCCUAUGGAGUCAAGCUGCUGGCGGACAUGAUCCCCCGAGUGAGACAAACCAGGAACUACGAGCGCUUUGAGUAACGCUCAGCGGCCCGAGAAGACGCUGGCGAGGUGGGCUCUUCCUGUGAGACUGUACACAACAUCCUGUAACGCAUGGAGGGCCUCAACUCCAGCAGGCUGAUCCAUCCACAUUUUAUUAAGACCGGGAGACUGAAACCUGUAAGUAAAAGUUGCUGAGUCGCAGCUUUGGACUCGCAACGUUCUUCACAUCAUUCUUAGUCAACAUUCCAGGAGGCCCGCAUGGAUCCUGGACACGUACUGUAGUGUUUCACUGUACUGUGGUGCAAGCAACAGUAGCUUUAGGGUCAUUAGGCACAUGCGCCGCCUGCAGGCCGCUAGUGGAAGUGCAAGGUGAAUGUUUGUGUUGUCUUUGAAGUCGUCAUAAAUAACUACGUAGUUACAACUUUGUCUCCUUCUGCAAGCACACUUCCCGCUUGACACUAAGAUUGUUUGUGUGCUGCGGACAUAACGUGUCGAACGCUGGAAAAAAAGGGUGUAUUUCAAAAUAAAAUCAUAACC